UCUCCCUCAUCCUUACAGGCUGUUAUGUCUGUUCAAGAAUUUCAGUUCCAAGAGCCAGAGCCGGAACAAGAUAAAUUAAACAGUCCAUUCUUCACUAAUUCAGAAAGAAAUGAAUUAAAUGAUAAUCCAUCAAGGAAAAAUUCUCCCAAAACACCUCUACCCAAUGCAAAUAUAAGUGGAGGAAGGCCAGAUAGCAAAGCCUCAAAUUAUUUUAUAGCCCUUGAUGCAACUAUUGAAAAUCUUCAGGAAAGAACACAGCAUCUAAUUGACAAGAUUAAUGAAAACAGGAAGAAAGACCAUGUACUCAUGAACAGCUUCAGAGAAAGUCUUCUGUUGAAGGUUUCAAGCUUGGCAGAGAAAUUGGAGGAAAGUGUAUUUCCUGUUUAUGAUCAUAAUAACAAGCUUAUUCAGGAUAAGCUGCAAGAGCUUUCUGAGAUCAUGGAGAGGAUCAGACAGAUUGAAACUGAACUCAGGCAGGUCUGUCAUACUGUGGAGAUGAUGUAUAAAGACCUGUGUGGUCAGUCUGAACUGUGAUUACAUGGGAAAAAAUAAAAUAAGGGAGGGGGAAAGAAUACGAUAAAAAAGAAAAAAAAAUCUGUGUGUCAGUAAGUAGUAAACUAAAGCCUUUGAAUUGCAAAAUGGCACCCAAAUCUAUUCUAUUCGUAUGUAAGUUUAUUUUCAAGCACU